AUGGAUUUCUAUCGUCUUCAACCUCUCCUGAUGUUGCUAAACUGUUUUUUUGCUGGUUGUAAAGACACUGACGACUAUAAGGUCGUUAUCUUUGAAAUAACUGUCGAUGGACCAAGUCUUAAAAAUACCGUGUUUGUCGAUAUUGACAAAUACUUAGGGAUAAAUUGCGACAGUGAGAUACUAUUUAAUAUUGGUUCGAUUUUAAAAAUUGAAGAUGUCAAUCACAAUUCUGAUAUCGGUGCGUGGGUAAUCAAAAUGAAAGCGACCGAUGAAGGUAUAUAUGAAAUUCAAGAAACAAUUGAUGCAAAAAAAAGAGAAUUUUGCACAACUAAUAUUUAUUUGAUGUUUGGUCGUUUGUUACUCGAAAUGAAUGAAUAUACUAAAGCGCAGUCAUAUUUUCAUAUGAUGUUACAAGUCUUACCCAAAUCACAUGAAGAUCGAGCUUCAGUCUACGAUCGUAUCGGGGAUCCAAAUAUGAGAACAACGAACUGCGGAGCGGCGUUUGUCAAUUUUAAUUUGGCAUAUGCAACAAAAAAGAAAAAACUGACUUAA